AUGAGGCUCUCUGUGACGCUGGCUCUGCUCACCGUCGGUCUGACGACCCUCUCCGACGCCACCUUCAUCAUCGAGACCGCCGCCGCCGGCACGGCCUCUACCGUCGGUGUCGGAACCGCCGCCGGCGCCGCCGCCCUCGCCGGUAUCGGCGGGCUGGUGCUCGGCGCCGGUAUCGUCGGAGCGAUCGCUCUCUCCCGCCGCGGUAAGCGGUCGGUGGAGAACGCGCUGAAGGAGGACGCCAUCUUCAACCUGGUGGCCUCGUCGGACGCCUACGGCUGCGCGAUGAAGCUGGUGUGCAUGCUGGAGGCCAAGGAUGAUGAGUCUCUCUCCGACGACGACAAGUUCAUCCUGACCAUCUUCGGGCGCGCGCCCGAGGCUCCCAGCAUUGACAAGAUGAAGUCUGCGCGUGGUGCGUACGACUACGCUGCCUUCAUGGGCCACAAGUUCGGCGUGGAUGCCUGCGAGGAGCUCUUCCACACUUGUGAGGCCACCUACGAGACCAUGAUUGCCUAUGUUGCCAAGCUGCGUGCGUAA